GAAAUUAGUAGUCCCCCACACUGCUCUUCCGGCUCAUCUGAUGAGCGGACAUGACCUGAAAGUUUUUCCGGUAGGCUGAACAAAGAAAUCACGCUUACACGGCGGAGGAAUGGCGGACUUGAAGGUGGAAACCAUAGCAAAAUUGGCUCAGUGGAGGAUCGAAAAUUUCGGGGCAGCCACCACUUACAAAAGAUCUGACCCGUUCAAAAUCGGCAUAUGGAAUUGGCACCUAUCAGUAGAGAAAAUUCGAUACAUAUACAUUCGCCUUUUCCCAGAGUUGUCUAGAGUAUCAAAAGAGCAGCCGCCGGUUGCGCGGUUCGUCCUACGUGUCACCACCUCCGGAUCUAAUCGCAGACCAUAUAUAUCUCCAAUUCAUGAAAGACUGCUUCGAACAAGUGAUGACUUUGUCUGGCCUGUUGAAACUACCUUUCAAGGUCGUUUUAUCAUUGACGUCGAGUUUCUGGACCUUAAGAUUAUUUGCCCUCUAAAUUGUGGAGAAGGCAAUUCUAUAUGCCCCAGUGACGGCAGGAUGCAAUAUCCAGCAACUCAAAACACUUUCAGAUGCCUAGCAACUCAAAACUCUCUCAGAUGCCUCUCUCGCAUGCUUGACGAGUCUAUUCACACUGAUGUCACCAUCAACACUGCCGAUGGAACACUACAAGCUCAUAAGAUGAUUCUUUGUACAAGUUCGCAGGUGUUCCAGAGCAUGUUCAUGCAUGACCUCAAGGAGAAAGAGUCGUCGACAGUUGACAUGGAAGACAUGUCGAGAGAUUCUUGCAUGGCGCUUAUCAGUUACUUAUAUGGGAAGAUAAACCAAGAAGAUUUCUGGAAACACCGAUUGGCUUUGCUUAGUGCAGCAAACAAAUACGACAUUGUAGAGUUGAAAGAUGCUUGUGAGGAAAGUCUUCUAGAAGAUAUUAACUCAGGAAAUGUCCUCGAGAGGUCGCAAGAGGCUUGGCUUUACGAGCUCGAUAAGUUGAAGAAAGGGUGCCUGACGUAUUUGUUCGAUUUUGGCAAGAUUUAUUCCGUUAGAGACGAAAUGCAAACGUUUCUCAGACACGCGGAUAGAGAACUAGUGGUGGAGAUGUUUCAAGAGGUGCUUACAGUUUGGAAACCAGCAUAAAUGAUCGUCUUACGACGUAUUUUCAGUGUGUAAUGGAAAUAUACAUGCACGAACUACCAUUAGCUCACAAUGUCAUAAAAGGUUUUACACCUUGUGGUACCCUUUUUGGGUGAGGUGAGAAAAGGAAAAAAGUGUUCGCAGAGGAGCUAGAUUAUUGAGAAACGCUACAAAUAAUCACCCUUCCCCCCAGUGUGAGAAGGCUGUCAUAGUUGCUGUCAUAGCACCUCUCUAGAUUAUUAAUGUGGGUCCCACGGCCAUUUCUUUGUCUUAACGUGUGCAUUAUUUUGAUCGUGAGAAAGCUAUGUUUAAUUUUCAUUUAUGAUCGUUUUAAGUAGUAAAAUAGUUUCGGCAUAAUCAAUUUUCAAGAUAACUUUGUAUCAAUACUUUUACCUCAAAAAAGAGUUUAGUUUGGAUGGAAA